UCUCACACCUAGCUCUUUAUAAUGAUAAGAGAGAAGCUGUUGCUCUCCAUUACUAACCCAUUUUGCCAAUCAAUCACUCUUCACUUCUUCCCACUCCUACUUUUUUCCUUUCUAAGCAAUCUCUCUCUCUCAUACUAUCUGCACAGCACUACUAACAGAGGUUUGAAUUCCCUCUGACUCUGUUUCACACACAUUCUUGAUUUUGGUUUUGCUUUCUUGGGAGUUCUUGAAUGUGAAAUGAAACUUUAGGAAUGGUGUGUAAAGUUAGUGUCGGUGGUGCAAUUAUGUGGUUUUGAUUUCCUUAGCACUCUGUUUUUUUUUCUGUUAACACUUUGUCUUGGUUACUGAGACACUCAACAAUUCAAGAAACAUAAGAGAUAAUCAAGAAUCUUUACCUAACGGUGACUUUUGACUAUUAGACCCAUUGGAUGGUCUAUUGCAAUUGAAUUGAAUGGUCCUCAUUAUUUCUGAAAAAAAUCAAAGAAGCUAUUUGCUAUAUUGUAAAAGGAAGAUGUUUGGACAAAGCUUCCCGGAGGAUCUUGAUUGUGGCAACUUCUUUGACAACAUGGACGAUCUUCUUGAUUUUCCCGGUGGUGAUAUCGAUGUCGGUUUCAGCAUAGGUGACUCCGAUUCUUUUCCUAACAUCUGGACUACUCAUCACGACACAUGGCCAGCAGCUUCUGAACCUGUCUUCGCUUCCAACACAAACUCUGACUCAUCACCUGAGCUCUAUGUUCCGUUUGAAGAUAUUGUUAAGGUGGAAAGACCACAAAGCUUUGUAGAGGAAUCCUUAGUUGAGAAGAAGGAAGAUUCGUUUUUCACAAACACGGAUUCAUCAUCUUCUCAUAGCCAAUUCAGGAGCUCAAGUCCAGUGUCAGUACUCGAAAGCAGCUCCUCAUCGUCUCAUACAACCAACACAACCUCACUUGUCCUCCCUGGAAAGCACGGUCGUCCACGCACAAAACGUCCUCGUCCACAGGUCCAGGAGAAAGAUAAAGUCAACGACACUGUUUUUGGGGCGGAUUCGCGCCUCAUCAUUAGAAUACCAAAGCAGUUUCUCUCUGACCACAGCAAGAUGAUAACCAAGAAGAAGAAGAAGAAGGCCAAGGUUGUUUCUUCAUCUUCUUGGUCGGAGAUUGAUCUUGAAACCAAUGGAAACAACAAUGUAGAUUCGUGUUCUUCAGAGCAGAAUCCUGUUAGGAAAUGUAUGCACUGUGAGGUCACCAAGACCCCACAAUGGAGGCUCGGGCCUAUGGGCCCAAAGACGCUUUGCAAUGCUUGUGGUGUACGUUACAAAUCAGGAAGGCUUUGCCCGGAGUACCGGCCAGCUGCUAGCCCAACGUUUACUCCAGCUCUUCACUCAAACUCCCACAAGAAGGUGGCUGAAAUGAGAAACAAGAGAUGCAGCAGUGGAAGCUACACAAACGAAGAGAAUGAUCUGCAUGAUCUGGUUUUGAACAAUGCCUACAUUGGCAUAGGAGUAGGAAAGAGUCAGAGAGUAGACAAGUUUUAGCUUUAGAAGAGAUGGAUGAAGAGGAGCAAUCAAUUGAGGAAGGGGUCAAAAGUUAGAUGAGAGUUGAUUGUGUUGUAUUUUGUAUUAUUUGUAGUGUGAAUGGGCAAAACUCUUGAAACAAAGGAAGAGUAAGUUGGGGAAGAGCAGACGAUUUUGAAGAUACACUGGAGAGAGAGUUAGGUGUUGAAUUUUACAUUAAAUCUUCCUCUCCUUUUUCUUCCUUUCAAUUCUUUGUACUUUUAUUGUGAGGAUUCUUUUGUAGUUGAUUUGUUUAGCAAAAAUAUUAUUUUUGGUUUUGUUAAAAUAUAAUGUUAUAAACUGCUAGUUAUUAGAA